CUGAAUAUGACUGAAUAUGAAUUGUUCUGUCAUAGGAUGGGAGUUUGUGGUCAUCAGAUGGGCCAGACUUAUCAAGUGGAAUGAGUGAGCAGGUGUAUAAUCCACGGCCACCAGAUCGAGUCCCUCUGUACAUGCAACACGAGCAUCUGACCAGGUUCCAGCCCACCUACCCUUACCUGUCUCACACAAUCAUCGAUCUUCCCCCAAAUAUCCCUCUCUCAGAUGGGGAAGAGCCCCCUCCGUACCAGGGCCCCUGCACCCUCCAGCUCCGAGACCCAGAGCAGCAGCUAGAGCUGAACAGAGAGUCAGUUCGUGCCCCUCCCAACCGCACUAUUUUUGACAGUCUCCUUAUUGAUACUUCAUUCUGCCCCCCAAGUGUAAACACUGGCAUCAGCACUGCCAACUUGGAGUGCGCUCCGCCUGCCUACAGUGAGGUCAUCGGGCGCUACUUUCACCCUUCAUCGAUGCCCCACCACACACAGUCUCCAUAUGGAACAGGCCUGGGCCCCCCUCUUCCACUGAUCCAGGGAGAUCUGCUGCCAGUGUUACCCCAAAUCAAUAGCGCAGAUAGCCAGAACACCCGUAACAAGGAGAAACACAAAGCACAGCAGGGUAAGUGAAAGAAGAGGAAUUUGGGGGCAGAUGCACAAUAUCCCCAUAAAAUCAUGAAAUAUAUCCUUUAACAGUAGUCCUCUUUUUUCCUCCAUUGAUCGGAAGAUGUUUGUGUGUGAAAGUGAGAGAAGAACCUAAAACUGUUCAUGUCUAAUAUUUACUUUGCAUAUUUACACCUCUUGAUACUCUAAAAUGUAUAAACAAACUAGAAAAUAUAUUAUUUUUAUUUUUUUGUGACCAUGAUGCUGCGUCAAUUGCCUUCUAGUAAACUUUUACUAAGGAUUUAGAAUCUGGAAUAUUGAAAUGCUAUAGAGUGACGAGAUUUUCCUUAUAGAGUUUAUCUAUUUUUUAAUUGUCUUUUGCUAACAUGAUUUGCUAAAUCAACAGUUUGUUUCUCAAAUCAUAUUCACAAGGUAUUUCUACUGGUUUCCCUUCUAUUUGCUUUUGGUCAGUAUUUACAGACUCUUACGACCUUCUAUAUUUUUCAACAGACUUGUCAGUUAUUAUUUCUGAAAGCGAACCAGAAACAAAAGCAGCAACCCUGAUGCAUUCCGCUGACGGAAUAUCUACAAUAUUUGUGAAACCAAGAAAGUGAAGAGAGAUCAUAAGACAUUGGGGAGCCACCCUGAAACACCUGCACUUCACAGCCUUACCUGAACAAACCCAGAACUCAUCCUUUAAAGCUUGAUUUAAUUAAACUAUUUUCAGUCCAUUUCUUCAGUUUUUCUGCCGAGCACAGGCUUGGAUUCUUACUCUCUGAGUUAUAGAAAUGGGCAUCUCUUAUGGCACUUUAUGGAUAGGAGGAGAAACACAAUCCAGCUCAUCAGCUUUGAUAUCAAACCAUCCUAAGAGGUCCUACUUUUUGUGUUCACACAGUAACAUGAUCUGAGCAUUGGAAGUCACUCCAUCAAUCAAGGUUGAGCACAAUCCUAUUCAAAUGCUGCCAAAUAGUGACUUACAGUAUGACUCUAAAUAUAGGCUUUUUCUUUAUUCUGGUUGGCAUUAGCUGCCAUUUCCUGGUCAAGUUAAUCAUAAAAUAAAAGUUUUUUUUUGACCGAUGGGUGCAUAUUUUAUUUCUUUUUAAACUGGAUUUGUCCAGUCUUGCUUCAGGGAAACCACAACUUACUAUGGCAUCAAAUUGCCAGAUAGAGAGAGAAGAGAGAAUUUUGGAGCAAAAUCUUUGGGGAAGCAGAUACCAACACCCAAAGCAUAAAUUUUUAUGAAUUACAAAAGUGUAUUAUAGAAGCGAUGCAUUUUUAGGCUAUUUCUUUAGCUUGUUUGAUAAUGGUGUAAUUGUAUUUUAGUGUUGUGAGUUUGUGCAAAUAUUCAGCUCAGGAGUUCACCCAUUUCAGGUCAUUCUAUACCAGACUUAUUGGGUGAGGCCUUGAGAUCAAUAUUUGCAUAUCUAUGCACUGGAAAACUUUUUUUUAGUUUUAUACUACUUUAUUAGUCAUGCAUUUGAAUCCAUAUAUUCCAAACAGGGUAACUGUAUCUCUUUGUGCUAUUUUUUUCUUAUACCCAACAAGUUUUCUCCCUCUUCUAGAGAUGCCUAUUUUGUGGUAACAUGCCAAUGUGGCCUGAUCCUACUGCCACUGACCUAGGCAAACGAUCUGCCAAUCAAAAGGCCAGUGACAGAGAUGUUGUAUGAAAGGAAGUGGAGAAUGUUGCAAUAUACUUAAUAUUUGCCUUUUGAUAAUAGUAUCUUAUUGAAUGUAGAUUAAACAUAUAAUGCUUGUUUUGUUGUCAUUAUUGUUCUGGUUUUUGUUGUUACUGUUAUUACAUUUGCUUUGUUGAAUGUAUUUUUAUUUGCUUAUGCUGAAACACCUAUACAAGGUCGUUAUGCAUAAGUCACACACACAUAAUAUCAGUUGAUUUUGCUUUUCAUUUAUUCACUUUGGGCUGUCAUUUUACCUGCAGACCCACUGUCAAGUUUCAGUUGAGAUGUUAAGAAAGUACUUUGGAAUCUUUUGUUAAUUAUAGUUAUUUCCAGGCCUAAUUUAAGGUUUAGCUUGAGUUUAGAAUAUUGUUUGUUAUUGAUAUUAUUUUCUGCUAAUCAGAAAUCAUAUAAGAAUUCAUUGUUAAAACAAAAUCCUUGUUUUAUUUCCCACUCAUUUUGUGAUGCGUGCCUUGGCGUAAUCGAUGUGAUUGCUCUCCGUUCUGUUUGUUGCCUUCACACAUGAGGAGUAACUCCCCUGCAAAUCUGAAUCUGAUACCAAAAAUAAAUACAUAUUGGUAAUCAGUAGAGAAUACAACCAAAUACAACCAAUUUGCAUGCAAAUUUUAAUCAACUGAAGCAUAAGAUCAAACCAAAUAAUGGGAUUACAUUGGUUUGUACUGUUCUUAGGACUGUAAAUGAAAUCUCAAGUACAGUUAACACAUUCCAGACCGAACUGUCAUUGUUUUCCAAUGUUUUACUGCUUUAAGCUUGGUUCCAUGACUAGGCUGAUCAAUCUUUGAAUCUCUUAAGUUUAGGAACACCAAUAAGAUUCUGGAUCAAUCUAGUAUGAGUGUAAAGCAGUAGCUUUAGAAAAAAAGCCUGAAAGAUUCUACUGAAUCAAUUAUCUGAAUGUUUUUUUUCAAUGUGCAAAUAGGCCUUUUCAGAGAAGAACUUUGGAAGGCCCUGUUAACACUUUCAGAUCAAGACCAGGGUCAGAACCACAGAUCCAUUUACCAAUUUUAUUUCUCAUAUACAUUUUUUUUUCUCAGACAUACACUGAAACUUGUUUAUGGGAAUAGACAGUAAAGAGUAUGUUUAAAGUUGCAAUUUGAACUUGUGUAUAUUUAGAUUUUAAAAAGUAAUUAUCCAUUUGUGAAGUGUAAGAACAGAAACUCUUUUUUGUUCUUUCUUUCUUUCUUUUUAUGUCAAAAACUCUUAUGUUCAAUGUUACAAUGGUUAUACCAUUAGCAUGGCUCAGGCUUUUACUUUGAGGUUAAUAUAGAGACAUCUUUGUCAACAAUGACAUACAAUGUAAUCUUUAUUUUUUUAUUUAUAUCACAUCUUUAAGUGUUAUCAGAUGUGUAUUUCCUAUUUGACAAAUGAGCAGAGGACAGUGUCCAUAACACAUGCUGUAAAAUCUGAAACUUUUCAAUUCAGCAAAUAAAGCAUUUUAUAUAGUACUGAUUAAAUUACA